GCGGCGGCGCGCGCGGGGCCCGAGGACGCGCGGACAGACGGGCCGCUUCGCCUCGCUUCUCAGACGCUUGCGGGGCUCUGCGCGGGCCAUGUGGGGAUCCGGGGUCACGGCCGAGGGCCUGUCGGUGGCGCCGGCUCCGCCGCCUCUGCUGCCGCUGCUGUUAGUGCUGGCGCUCGCGCUGGUGGCGCCCUCGCGGGGCAGCGGGAGCUGCGCGGAGCUGGCGUGCGGCGAGCGGGAGGGCUGCUGCGACUCGGCCAACACCACGGCGCUGCGCUGCUGCAAGCUGCCGCUGCACGCCUUUCUGGACAACGUGGGCUGGUUUGUCCGCAAGCUCUCGGGGCUGCUCAUCCUGCUAGUGCUCUUCGCCAUCGGCUACUUCCUGCAGCGCAUCAUCUGCCCCAGCCCACGCAGGUAUCCGCGUGGGCAGGCGCGACCCGGGCAGGCACGACCCGCGCCUCGGGGGAGCUCUGGGCCGCCAAGGGGUACGGGGCCUUCCGACGACGACGACUCGCCCGUUCUGUUGCCCGACGAGGCGGCAGCCGGCUCGCAGGACUCACUGCUGGACAGUGGCGGCGGAAGACGCCUGGCCCCCGCCUGCGCCUCAGAGCACGAGCUGCGGGUGGUCUCUCCGGUCUUCCUGCAGCUGCCCAGCUACGAGGAGGUCAAGUACCUGCCGACCUAUGAGGAGUCCAUGCGGCUGCAGCAGCUGAGCCCCGGGGAGGUCGUGCUGCCUGUGUCGGUGCUUGGCCGCCCGAGAGGCGGCGGCUCCAGGGACCCCGACGCCAGCGAGGGUCGCUUCCCGCUCAUCUGAGCGCCCGGGGCUUCUCGGGGACCAUGCGGAUGGUGCAGACGGGGCUGCAAGAGGCUGGCGAAGGCUGGUGUACCCGCGGCCGCCACCAUCUGCCUUCAAUCCCGCCUAGCGCGUCAGCAUAACCUCCUGUCGCCCCGCGGCUGAGUUGGGGUCACCCCUCCCUCGUGCUCCCCCAGGAUCUGAGGUUCCCUACAUUUCAUUUGGUUCAAGGAAACGCUGGGCACUCGCGGCAGGGGCAGCAGCAGCGAACGAGCCCCCACCGCCAACUUCGAAGGCCAUCCCGCACUCUGCGUUGCCACCUUUUGUGUUCAUUCGUAAGUGCCUGCUUCCCGAACCCAGAAGAACACGUGAGCCCUUGGUGCUUUGGCAGAAGAGCUGCAUUCUUUAAGGCUGAGAAAGGAGCCCAGUUCCAUUCCUUUCCCUUCGGCCUGGACAGUGCCUCCCAGGAUGGAGGAGAACGAGAAGCCCUUGGGACAAGCUGUGAUCUAGCUGUGACGAGCGACUGCUGCUCAAGGUCUGGUAGAGCUGCACUUGGAUAUGGUGGAAUCCCUUUCUUGAGGAGAACUCCAAAAACCCUUCGGUGUCUUCCAGGCCAAGCCACUAGUCACAGCCAGUGGCUUACAAUUAAACGGGGGUAGGAUGGGGUGGGAGAUACCCAAGAUACAUGAUUUGUUACUGUACUUAUUCAAGAUACAGCAACUACUUCUAUUAAAACCAUAUUCAUAAUAUGGUACAGCUGGACUUAUGAUUUUUCAGUAACUGAGAAGGUAUAUAUUUAUUUGUCUUUUAUUUUUAUAUUUUUCCAUGUAUUGAAUGCAACUUGAGGGUAUUUCAACACAUUAAUGACAACUGUCUUAUCACUUUUUUAGGACAUUAAUAGGAAAUUGCCCACAUUACGUCAUUAUUGUUUAAACAAACUUUUGGGCAUUGUUUCAUUACAGGUGAAAAAAAAGCAUGAUAAAACCAGGAAACGUGGCAUAAAAACAUGAAGGGUAUCUUAUUUUCACUAUUUGAGAAUAUAUUUUAUUUUUAGUACUGUGGCAUAAUAUAUAACUUUUUAUAAUAAGUAUACAUUAUAUAGCCGAAGUCUUAAUUAUAAUUAUUCAUCACAUAGUUAUAUGUAAAAUAUAACUGAUACAUAUAUGCCAUUCCAUGAAACAUGACAUCAUGCACUUUCUCCUCCAUUUUUCUUUUGGAAUACAUUCCACAACAUGGUACAAAACAUAAGAACUUGAGACUUGUAACUUUUGUUUAAAGCCAUAGUUACACAGUCAUGUGCUACAGAAGGAUUCAGUCAACCUAUCUGAAAAAAGCAAGUGUCAUUAGUUCUACCGUUCCGUCAUAUGUUCUUAAAGCAAAAGGUAAUAGAACUAUUGAAUGUAUUGUGUAUAGUGUACAUAUGCAUAUUGUCUAUGUACAAUAUAUACAUUGAAUAAGAUGUGGUUACAACAGUUUAUGAUUAAUGUGAAAGGAAAAUAUGGGAAAAACAAAAUUUCUCUGGAGAAGGCCAAAUAUUAACAUCAAAAAAGGUUAUCCACAUGGAUCUCAUAGAUGGAUCUAGAACAUUGUUUAUUCUUAUGGUUUGAAGAAGUUGGACAAUACCAAGAAAUCUUAGAAUAUCUGUCUUGUAUUAGAAGAAAACGAUUUGAUUAAAUUUUUAAAGACUGACUGAAGAAGUCUGACAGUCUUGGGAAAUUUUUAAAUGCCUGAAUUGUAAUAAAAUGGUUUACUUUAAACUUC